CGAUUGAAACGCUAUUUGCGCGCCCCACCGCUAACUAGCUAGCCAUUUCACAUCCGUUACACGUAUACAGGUUUAAUAUUCUUCAUAUAGGCACUGUGAUAGUAAAUGUCCAUUUCUGUUUUUUCUAUUAAUGCCAGGGAAUCCGUAAUAUAUAUAUUUGUAUUGUAAGGGUAAGAGUGCCGACUUUUAUUUCGUUCAAGAAACUCAUGCCUGUUCCACAGAUGCUGCGUUUUGGAAGUGUCAAUGGGGGAACGAUAUUUGGUUUUCAUUUGGUACUAAUCGGUCAGCAGGUGUCGCUAUUUUAAAAGGCAACUUUAAGGGUCAUAUAUUGAGUCAUGAAGCAGAUAAUACAGGGAGAUGGAUUAUACUAUUGGUAGAUGUCAACCACGUUCAAUUCAUUGUUGUAAAUACUUAUGCUUCCAAUAACAAUUCAAGUAACUGUAUUUUAUUUAGAGACAUUGAGAGGAAAAUAAGUAAAAUUAUGUCUAAAUUUCCAUUGGCCAGUGUAAUAUGGGGUGGAGAUUUUAAUACAGUAUUACAUGAUAAUCUAGAUAGAUGGCCUCCUACGGAUAGCAAUUCUGUUUGUGAGAUAAGGAAUAUAUGUCUACGGUUAGGUGUUCUAGAUAUUUGGAGACAUAAGAACCCAGAUAAGAUUGUUUACAUGGAGUACCAAAGAUGUAUCUAUACAAUCCCGUAUUGAUUUCUGGCUGAUAUCUGAAGAUAUGGCUGACAAGGUUGAUACAGUCUUGAUUGAACCAUCGAUUUUAACAGACCACAAAGGGAUCUCAAUAAAGAUAAAUAUGCAUGGUUUGUCAACAAAAAAAGUUAGUAAAUGUUACUGGAAAAUGAACAAGACUUUACUAGAGAAUUAAGUAUUUAAGAAGGAAGUAGUAGGAAUUAUUGAUAAAUACUGGAAUUGUGCCUGUGUUUAUGAAUACGUUUGGAAGUUACUGGGAGCUAAUGAAAUUUGAUAUAAGGCUUUUGGCUACUUCAAUGGGGAAAGAAAUUGCUCGUGCCAAGAGAAAGAAUAUGACAUCAUAAAGGGAAUAAUGGAUUAUACUAAAAAAAACUGAACUAACUAAUCAGGAAUUACUGGAGCUAUCAUCAUUGCAAAUGCAGUUAGACUGUAUCUACGAGGAAAAGGCCCGGGGAGCGUUUGUAAGAUCAAGACGAAAAUGGAUGGAAGAGGGAGAGAAAAAUACAAAAUAUUUCUUUAAUUUAGAAAAAAGGGCAGGCAAAAAGACUUCCAUAUGUAAAUUAAUGAUUAAUAAUAGUCCCAAUGAAAAUCUUAAAGAAAUCUCUCAGCAUGUUGCCCAGUUUUAUCAGAAUCUGUAUACAUCAGCCCAGUCAACUUCCAAUAUGGAUCUUUUCUUAGACAAUGUAGCAAACAUUGCUAAGAAGAUAGAUAAUGAUUUCAGGGAUUUUUGUGAUGAGUUUUCUGAAAUUGAGAUAAAAGACUGUAUUAAAAGCCUUAAGGACAAUAGGUCCGCUGGAAAUAAUGGUUUAAUAAGCGAGUUUUAUAAAGCAUUCAAUGAUAAAUUGAUUCCUUUCAUUCUUGCUAUGUUUCAAGAAUCAAUAGAAAAAGGGGAGUUACCGGCUUCCUUAAAGAAAGGUGUAAUUACUUUGAUUCCCAAACCUAAUAAGGAUACUCUUUAUAUAGACAACUGGAGACCCAUUAGCCUGUUGAAUAAUGAUGGGAAAUGAUUUGCCCUUGUAUUUGCUAAGAGGUUGAAACAAGGCUUGCAUCAUGUAAUUGAUUAAGAACAAUCUGGUUUUGUGCAUGGUCGACACAUUAGUAAUAACAUCAGGUUGAUCUUAGAUAUGAUUGACUAUAAUGACCUCAUCCUUGAUGAUAGUUUUCUUAUGUUUGUUGAUUUUUUAAAAGCUUUUGACACUGUAGAACAUGAGUUUAUGUUCAAAGCAAUACGUUUUUUUUAGUUUUUUUGAAAGCAGUCCAAACUUUAUAUAGUGGUUGUACUAGCUCUGUAAAAUGAGCUCACGGGACAUCCCAAAGAGUUGAUAUUGGCCGUGGCAUUAGGCAGGGCUGCCCAAUUAGUCAAWUUUUWUUUUUAUUGGUUACUCAAAUUAUGGCUUUUCAAAUCAAGAAAGGUCGUUUUCAAGGUGUUUCAGCACUUGGCAAGGAAUUUAAACUAUGUCAACUGGCUGAUGAUACCACCAUAUUUUUAAGAGACAGGAAUGAGGUUUCUAAAGCAGUUUCCUGUAUUGAAGACUUUUCCUUGGUUUCGGGUUUGAAAAUUAAUAUCAAUAAGUCAGUCUUAUUUCCACUCGAGGAUUGUGUUUUACAGGAAGUAUAUGGUAUCCCAAUUAAAGAUAAGGUUACUUAUCUUGGAAUUGUUACAUGCAAGGAUGAAAAACAAAGGAGUGAAUUGAACUUUAACCCCAUUUUUGAGAAAACAAAGAAGAAAUUGAACCUCUGGUUGAUAAGAGAUAUUUCGUUACACGGUCGGGUUUUAUUAUCCAAAGCUGAAGGGUUAUCCAGAUCGGKUUAUGUCUCGUUAUCACUUGACUUACCCCCUAAAAUUGUAAAUGACUUAGAUAAGAUUCUUUAUAAUUUUAUUUGGAGGAACAAGCCUCACUAUCUACGAAAAGAUUUUCUCACUAAUACUCACUAAGGAGGUCUUGAGGUUUUAGAUUUCAAUACUCUAAAUAAUACUUUUUAAAUAAAUUGGAUUCUGAAGUAUGUUAAGAACCAGAACAGUAUUUGGAAUGUCUUCCCUAAGUAUUUAUUUGGUUUAGAAUUUUUGCUUCGAUGUAAUUUUGAUAUUGAUAAAAUCUCAGUCAAGUUGGCCAAAUUCCAUAAGCAGGCAAUUUCAGCUUGGACGUUAGCGUAUAAACACAAUUUUUCCCCUCACAGAUACUUUUUAUGGAAAAACAAAGAUAUACAAUUUUUAAAAAAUAAGUCUUUUUUUUUCAUAACUGGUUUGAAAAUAAAAUUAUUUUGGUUGGUCAGUUACUGAAUAAGGAUGAAUAUCUACUCUCAUAUGGGGAAUUUCUUGAUAAGUUUAAAAUUCCAAUAACCCCGAAAGAAUAUGCAAUUGUUUUUGAUGCGAUUCCAAGGGGGGUUGUAUCUCUUUUUAAAUUCCUCUGUGGUUGAUGUAAGUAACAUAGAUUUACAUGAAAAUAUAUUAAUUGGCAAUAUUCACAUCAAAGAUAAAUGUAGUAAUAAACAGAUUAGGAAUAUUGUUUGUUACUACAAUUCCCUCAGCAAGAUUCUUUUGGUCAAAUAUCUAUGGUGAUAUACAAUGGGGGAAAGCAUGGAAAAUUGCUAACAAAUAUUGUAUCAGUAACAAAGUAAAGGAAGUUUCAUUUAAAAUGUUACAUAGAAUUUAUUCUGUGAAACAUAUUUUGGAAAGAUUCAAGCUGAAUAUGGAAUAUAACUGUUAUUUCUGUGGAAUGGAGAAGGAGACCAUUUUGCAUUUGUUUUUUGCCUGUAUUUAUAGUAGAAUGUUUUGGAUUGACAUACAGAAUUUUGUUACAAAAAAAAUAGGACCGGUUGUACUAUUUAAUGGUUUUGAUAUAAUGAUUUAUUUCAGAAAUUCUGACAUAGAUACAGAUGUAGUAUAUUUAAUUCAACUGCUAAUAAUACUAGGUAAAUUUCAUAUUCACAAAUGCAAAUGGUCUAAUUCAAAACCUAACCUUUUUCACUUUAUAAAUGAGUUUUAACAAUAUGGCACCACUUUAACUAAAAUGAAAAACAAAAAGGCAAUUAAAACUUGUAUUAUUAAUGAAUAUGAUAUGUUUGUUUAGGAUUCCUGGCAAUGUAAAUAGUUUGUAUGCUUGUUUACAUGUGACUAUUCCUCUUUUGUUUGUUGAUAUUUUUAUUUUAUUUUAUUUUUAUAAAAAAUCCUGCCAGCAACAAAAUCAAAUAAGCCACGUGCAAAUACGGGUGACGUGUACGGGACUCCCCUUUUGAAACACCAAUCGGUGGUAUCCUCCCCUUAUAGAGAGGCUGUGAUUGGGCUAGACAUUAUAUGGGUAUUACACGUCGUCGCUUAUUCACAGUUCAGUUUCCAUUUAGAUUAUUCAACGGUGAAACAUACACAUCCUGUAAAUUACUCUCAGGGAACCGGACUUGAUUUGUAACAUGGCUUCAAAACACCAACAGAACGACUUGCCUGCCGGGUUCCGCGUGCAGUUCAAAUCUUUCGCAACAGAGGCGAUCCAUGUUGGUCAGGAACCGGAGCAAUGGAAAUCUAUGGCGGUGGUACCACCUAUUACUCUGUCCACCACGUUCAAGCAGUAUGGACCUGGAGAUCAUGCUGGUUUUGAGUACAGUCGGAGUGGAAACCCUACUAGAAACUGUCUGGAAAAAGCUGUUGCUGCUUUGGAUGGAGCAAAGUAUUGUUUUGCUCUUGCUUCCGGGCUAGCUGCGACUAUGACCAUCACUCACAUGCUGAAAGCUGGAGAUGGCGUUGUCUGCAUGAGUGAUGUGUAUGGAGGCACCAAUCGUUACUUCCGGAAGAUUGCUACAGAAUUUGGCUUGGAUGUCUCCUUUGCUGAUUGUACCAAAAUCGAGUUGCUCCAGGCCGCUCUUAAGCCGAACACAAAGUUAGUAUGGAUUGAGACUCCCACCAACCCUACCAUGAAGGUGGUGGAUAUCCAGGCCUGUGCAGCUGUGGUCCACCAACACAACAAGGAUACCGUGGUGGUCGUGGACAACACUUUUAUGUCAGCCUACUUCCAGCGCCCCUUGGACCUCGGAGCAGACAUCUGCAUGUAUUCAGCUACUAAGUACAUGAAUGGUCACAGUGAUGUUGUAAUGGGCCUGGUGUCUGUGAAUAGUGAGGACCUGUAUGACCGACUGAAGUUCCUACAGAAUGCCCUGGGAGCCGUACCGUCCCCCUUUGACUGCUACCUGUGUAACCGUGGCCUGAAGACCCUGCACCUGCGCAUGAGGCAGCACUUCAAGAAUGCCCUGGCGGUGGCCAAGUUCCUGGAAGCUGACCCCAGGGUGGACAGAGUCAUCUUUCCAGGCUUACCCUCCCACCCCCAGCACGAGCUGAUGAAGAGACAGUGCACAGGCUGCCCAGGGAUGAUCACCUUUUACAUAAAGGGAAAACUGGAGAAUGCCACCACCUUCCUCAGCAGCCUCAAGUUGUUUGCACUUGCCGAGAGCCUUGGCGGUUAUGAAAGUUUGGCAGAGCAUCCGGCGAUAAUGACCCAUGCGUCUGUUCCAGAGAGUGAUAGGGCUGCCCUAGGGAUCAGUGACACGCUGAUCCGUCUGUCUGUGGGGCUGGAGGACGAGCAGGACAUCAUUGAGGACCUGGAACAAGCCUUGAACGCCGCGGUAUGUACACUACCAUACAAUACACUACACUCUGCCUGCUCAUAGCAUACUCCCUGAAAACAAGUCUCUAACCUCAGCUAGCCUAGCACCAAGAACCACUGAUUUCUGGCCAUUGCGAAGUAGGGUAGCUCUGUCAAAUCCAGACAAAUGGGACCUGUUCAGUGAUGAUAAUCACUGGAAUAUUUUGUCCCAAACACAUCCAUAGUACAUCCACUGAACAUCCCAUUGCCCUCGACUAUCCUUACCACACAAAUGGUUGUUUCCAUCUUUUUGUUUUCUUUGAGCAGCAUCCGAAUAAGUAAUGUCUUCACGACGUCCCAAGACCAGCRGUUGUCUGUCGUCAGCGUGGCGGAGCAAAGGCAAGAGUACGCAGUGUUUCUAGCCGUGUACAAGGAGAGAGCAGCGAGAUGGUGCCUCAACACAGCACACACAAACUGUAUUUAUGAAUGCACUCAUCAGGGGAAAACCUGCUCUUUAAACAUACGCUUUCUUCAUUAAUUAUUGAUAACCUUUUUUAUCAUCAAUUCUUUGAAUGCUGAUUUUAUCAGGAGGAAGUAUUCCUAAAUUUUAUUUCUUGCUGCUUUUGCUGUGUGUGUGUGUGUGUGUUUUUUGUUUUGUUAUUUUUUUGUUUGGAUUGCGUUGAUGGGGCAUUGUGAAUGACGGUCUUAUUCAAUUAAAACUGGUAUUCGGGACUUUCAGGAGUAAGGGAAAACAGCAUUCAGUUGUCUUUCUGCUUCAUAUAGUUAAACAUGAAAACUAAUGUACGGUACAUUGAACCAUGAGAAGAAUGUCUUGCUCUGUAAAUGUCGGGACAGCAGUUUUGAUUAAAUACAACAGUGUCUGGAUCUAUCAGAUGUAUGCCUAGUAAAGGAGUCUUAAAGGAAGUUGGCCCAUGAGGGAUUGCCAACUGCAUGCUUGUCCUUGCCUUGUGUCAACAUUUUUAGUGGAAUCACUCGCUCAAGAGAAUAAUACUUGUUUAAUGUACAAAGUUCCAGUGGUAUUGCUGAACUCAACCCACAGGCCUGUUCUCAGAUCAAAACACCCAAUGUCAGGGUUUUCUAACUAAGAACCGACCAACCCCACGUCGUGUUGGAGCUCUUCACUCAGUUGACAGUGUUAUCAAUCACAUAUCAUACUUACUGUAUCUCUGAUUGCUACGCAAGUAUGUGCUUCAAUUGGGAAAGACCAUGUUUGAACAAUGUCAUCUGUGUGACCAAACUCAUUAAAUUCACUUCGCAGUACGUCAUGUUGGAACUCUCAUUCACUCAACUGUGUUAUAAAUCACAUAUCAUACA